AUGGGUCCUGCAGGUCUCAAUCUCGACUCUGUGCGAUGUGUCGCACUCAGUUCGCUGUCUUUACUGGAUGCUGCUGCACGAGCGAAUGUUCACGCAGUCAGGCAGGCUCUGGCCGCUGGGGCCGAUGUCAAUGAGUCCAAUACCUCUGGUGAGACGGCGGUCACACGUACCAUCGCAGGAGGCAGCUGGGAAGAUGUGGACGCGUCUGACGCGUCGUUCCGAUUGCCAGAUCGUCUGGCGAUGCUGAGAAUGCUCUUGGAUAACAAUGAAAUCUCGUUGUAUACGUUGAAUGCACCCGCGCGAGGUGUGUCUCCGCUGUGUCUCGCUGCGUGGCUAGAUCUGUCGCCAGUGGUGCAAUUGCUUCUUGAAGCUGGACAGGAUAUGGUGGCCGUCAACGGGAUGGACAUCUAUGGGGCGACGCCACUUAUGUAUGCUGCGAGAGAUGGCAGGCUGGAAAUUGUUCGUUUACUGCUCGCCAAAGAUGCCAGACCCGAUUUUAGAGAUGUCAACCAUCGCUCCUCAAUCCAGCAUGCUCUCAGACACCCCCGGAUCCUUUGGCUUUGUGAACACGCUCUUCGUCGCAUCAGGAUGCGGGAUUUUUUGGGUGAGAAUAGCAGAGAUCUGGUACCUUUGCCACGUCCAUUCUUAGAGUGGCUGAAUCAUCUAUGCACGUCGUCUAACUUGAACGAACCAAAGCAUUUAUCUUCGUCUCUAUCCGCUCUUCGUCACCUCUCCAACUCCACGAACUCUCUCAUUCAAGCAAUCCAGUCCGCCGAUCUCCUCCGUCUGCGUUCUCUUCUAUUUCGCCCAGACCACUGCUAUCCUCUUGGGACUACUUCCGAGAAGCUAACAUUAUUGGUCAACCUUCCCGAUUCCACAGGGUGGAGUCCCAUUCACUAUUGUGCUUCCGCUGAUCACCAUUCGUUGCAAGUCCUAGAUAGUCUCUACCAAGCGGGGGCUGACGUUUGCCUUUAUACCACUUCUGGCCACGAGACGCCACUUCACUGUCUGGCGUACAAGGCGAGACCUUCGCGAACUAAGGAGCAUGCAUCAGCUAUCCGUGCAUUCAUUCUUCAUCUGGUUCGUGAUCUUCGUGCACCUCUUUCUGCCAGGGAUCAUGGUAUGAAUACGUGUCUGCAUAUUGCCGCUGAAUACGGAAGAAACUUCGAUGUUGUUGCCGCACUUCUUGCUUGUGAUCCUAGUGGGGCUAUUCGUGACAUGCGAAACGCGAAUGGCCUUACAGCAUUGGAUGUCGCAAAGCCUGAGUUCCGUGUAGCCUUUGGUGUCGAUAUCGGACCUCCGCGUUCAAUAUCUUCCGCUUCGGUGCGUACCAUAAGACCAUCCACGAGUACAUCGAUCCAAUCCAUGCCUCCAUUGGUGUUGCGUCCAUCGAUCUCCAAUAUUCGACAAAUCACCGCGGAGAAAUCGGAUCUAGACCUCGGAAAUGCGGACGUGCAUGUUCCGACGUUGUCCCAUGAUAUUAUGGAUAAUUUACGUCGGAUUACGAGAUUGCUCGCUGCAGAAACUUCCGUCGAUGCUGGUGCCUGCCGAGAGUUGCUGCAAGACACAUCGUACAUACAUGAUCGACUCUUUAGUCAUCUGCGGUGUCAUGUUCGUCAUGCCGCUGAUGACCUGCGUGAGGCACGCGCACUAUUUCAGCAAGUCUACGCAUUCCAGCGCAGGGUAAGGCGAACUGUUGAUCGCGUAGCGGAUGGGUCGCUGUCUGGGGAUCAAGAUUUCUUUCAUUCGAGGAGACGGACGAAUGACUCAGGCGGUUCUGAGGCAACAGCCAUGUCCGAGGCGGACUAUAUUUUGGUCAACCGGAAAUGCCGUUCAAUGUCUGACCUUAGAGCUUCGAACCAGGAUCUUCCUAUAACGGGCUCGGAUGAUACGUCCGCAAGUCAGCUUCCGGUAGCCUCUACAGUGGUAGCUAUAGAUGGAGGUGUCACUUUCCCCGUCCCCACCGGGGCGUCUGGGUUGUCUGGAGGAAGUACGAUUGACAACGAACCUGGAGACGCUCCAUUCUUGGCCGAAACCCUCAGGAAGCAAAGCAACACUGAAGCCUCGUCGGGUAGUAAGGAACACACAUGGAGCAGCCCAUCGAAGCUCAAGGCAUGGAUCAUGAAGAAAUUUAAGCAAGACGUUCGUAAACUGGAAGCCGAAGAUGAUAUUGCUGGCAAGCGUGUUGAUGCCCCCUACAAGAAAGUUGAUAUGCUUCAGCCAUAUCAAGAAAAGCUACAAUUCCAUCGGGACUCUGUCGACGACUCAACUCAGGUGACGCUGAAUAGUUGUCGCAGGGGUUUAGCCGCAGUUCGUCGAGACUUGCCACGCAUUGAAGAAUGUCUCGAUUCGGCGGAACAGUUUAUUGCUUUGGCUAACCGAUCAAUUGCACAAGCUGAAUUUCGACUAAAGAAGGCCAUAACGUGCCGCCAAUCUUUAUUGGAACACGUCCUUUCGGCCUCGUCGGGAGGACAUUUGCGUCAUUCAUUGUCCCAGCCUUGCAUUGAUCGGCGUAGUAGCGCAAUUGACGGAGAAGACUGGAUCGAUGUCCGUCCAGCCAGCAUGUCUGUGAAGGCCGAGGUACGACGGAGAACCAAAUCGGCUAGUUCAUCCAUGAUAUCUUUCUCGUCUACCCUCACUGAAGGCGAUGACGACGACACUCGAGUCUUACACCGACUGUUGACGCGCAAAGUGGACGCCAGGCUUGAUGGUGCUGAUGAAGAGGUAGAUAAAGCGGUCGCUUGGCUUCGUAUCGUUAAACAGACACUACGAGACUCCCUAGUCUCGCUAUUACCAAUACCGACGCUAUCCCCGCCAAUACCAUUGUCGAAGACCAAAGGCGCUCUUUCUUUCGGUAUAUUCACGGGUGUCGUUGCCCGCUCGAGCGCUGUAUCGCCCACCAAAGGAGAGUUUGACCAGGCAAAGGAAGUGCCCACUGUUGUCACUUACUUAGCUGUUGGGUGCAAAAGAAAGAUAGUCAUAUACUCUUGGAGAGACGGAGAGCCUCAGGAUGCGCAAGAAACGCCGCUACCUCAUUCACCUCGAGCAAUAGCAUUUCUUGGAACAGAUGUUCUCUGCUUUGGGUAUUCGGUAUCUGACUACGCGCUGUUCUCGCUCAGAACCUCAACCAUGACGGAACUUACAAUGCCUGUAGCAUCUGCCCCUUCAGUGUCGGGUAUCAGUAAUAUGGGUAUGGGUGCCCUCAGUGGCCUGGGUGGAUAUAUGACGCUUGGUCUUGGAACCAAGACAAGACCCUGCGUGAUUCGAGUUCAAGAGGGAGAGGUUCUCGUUGCCAAAGACAACAAUGGUGUUAUCGUUGGUACUGAGGCAAAAUCCAACAGAAAAGAGCAAAUCGACUGGCCCGCACCUCCAGACGAACUAGCUUUUAUUAGACCUUAUGUCUUUUCCGUUUUGCCCUCUGGCACCGUACCGGCAUCACCGUCAGAAAGCCUAUCAAGCUCAACGGCUUCGCAGGCAAACUUCAUCCCGACCCCGGUUGUCGAAAUAAGAUCGUCCAUUUCACUUUCGGUCGUCCAAACUUUACCUUUCCCUCCUAUCUCCGAUGUCGCUACUCCCGUAAUCACUCAAUAUGCUGUGCGAUUACUGACCACAUCCUCACUGAACAAGUCACCGUUGUUUCUUGUGACGACACCCAUGGACCGUGCGACGGCCGCUUCAGCUGGGAGCACCAUAUGGCAGUUCACCAUGAAGGCAUGGAGUCUACAGGUCGACGAACUUGUUGCCGUGGGGUCUUAUGUAGAAGCAUUGGCGUUGCUGGAAACAAUCGAUGUGGCACUGUUGCCUGACAAGGAGCAACGACAGCGUCUUGUUCGCACCUUACACGCUGUUUCCCAAUUCCAACUGGGUGAAUUUGAAGAGGCGAUCAGCGCCUUUAUUGCUUUAGAAACCAACCCGGCUAAGAUUAUUGCUCUCUACCCUGAUCGUGUGGCUGGUAGGCUGUCUGUUUCGAGAGACCAGUGGAUCACUUUGUUUGGAGGCCCAAGCCAGCAACUCGAAACUGACUCUAAUCAAGGUAGCAAUGAUGGGAAAAUCAGCUUCUCAAAGGAUGUCUUUCCUCGCCCGCCGUCUCCCAAGGGUUCUAUUCGUGGCUCCAUCAAGACUGGAUUAGAAAACGUCAUUAAGCCUACCGCCAAGAAGGACGAUGAGACAGCAUCUGUGGCUGGAAAACGUAAAGAGCGACCCAAGGAUGAUUUUCACCGUUCGAUUGAGGCAUUGAUGCGAUAUUUGUCGGACCGCCGUCCCAAAGUGGCUGGAGCAUUGGAAGCCUUGAACAUCACCUCAUCCCAAGCACACGAGAUGCCUAGCUUAUCGUCAGUCUCAUUAGACGAAUUAUUUGGAAUGGCCAGCGUACCUCUCUCAGCCUUAACUCCAGAAGAAUUAGUGCGAUUUGCACAAAUAGUGGAUACAGCGCUGUUCAAGUCAUAUCUACUUGUUCGCCCAGGAUUGCUGGGUCCACUCUGUCGACUAGGAAAUUGGUGCGAAGUUUCAGAAGUUGAGGAGGUUCUGCGUGCCCGUGAGAAAUACUCCGAACUCAUAUAUCUGUAUAAUGGGAAGAAAAUGCACACGCAGGCCUUGAACUUGCUACGCGAGUUGAGCGAGAAGGAAACUGAUCGGCGGGACCAAGUCAUGCCUUCAGUAAACUACCUUCAGCGAUUAGGCCCAGAGUUUUUGACUCAGAUUUUUGACAACGCACGAUGGAUAUUUGAUUCAGACGCUGACGUAGCCUUGGAAAUUUUCACUGCGGAAGAAGUGGAUCUGCCUCGCCAGCCUGUGGCUGAAUACUUGGAGAGAAUCAAGCCAAGUAUUUGUGCGCGCUAUAUCGAAUACCUUAUCGAGGAACGUGGUGAACAAUCCCAACUUUUCCAUGACUGGCUGGCGGACCUAUAUCUGCGCAUGACCAUGUCUGCGAAGAAACAAGGGAAUGAAGAUGCACGGUCAGACACUUACUCAAAGCUACUCAAUUUUAUCGGCACAACACGAACAUAUAACGUCGGUCGAUUAUAUGCAUCUUUGCCUUCGGAAGGUGGGCGAUUUAACCAUUCUUCACUUUCGAUUAUUGGAUACAAAGUCCCCAUAGACCUAUUCGAAGCGAAAGCAAUGUUAUUGGGUCGACUGGGACGGCAUGACAGCGCCCUCGAAGUAUACGUAUAUCGUCUGCGCGAUUUUUUGAAAGCUGAAGAGUAUUGCAAGCGAGUAUAUCAGCCAAACACGGGAACUAGCACCGUGUUCCUGAUGCUCUUACGCAUAUAUCUUCGACCUACAACAUCGCCCGCCGUGGACCUUCUACAGCCCGCGCUAGAUCUUAUCAGCAGACAUAGUCCUCGUCUUGAACCUACAGAAACGCUGAAACUGUUGCCACCUUUGGUGGCUGCGAAAGAUGUACAAGCAUUCCUUCGUGAAGCUCUCCGUGCGCCGGUGUUUGAUACACGGAUGGUCCGCGAUAUCAGCAAAGCACGCCAGAAUGAAGUAGCUUUGCGAUUAAUGUACUUGCAAGCGAAUAGAGUUAAGAUCACGGAUAGUCGCAUAUGCCCGCAGUGUCAUAAGCGCAUCGGCCACAGCGUUAUUGCCGUCCAUUCCCCUAGGGGUGAGGUCACACAUUACCAGUGUCGGGAGGCAUUCUCUAAGAAAUUAAGGAAAUCAAACUCCUAA